GACGAUGUUUUAAUAGAAAUGGAGGCAAUAAGGGAAUUUGUUGUGGAAAGUUUGGCGGAGUUCCGUUCAGAACUGUCAGCGAUGAAUUUAAAAAUUCAGUCCGCUGACAAGAAAACAGAUGAACUGGACAACUCGUAUAAAGAUUUCUGUGAGAAGUACUCCGGACUGGAGGAAAGAAUUGAAAACAUUUUUCAGUCAAGCGGAAACAGUUCCACAGAUUCGGGCAAGCGAAAAUACAUUUCAGAUGACGAGGAGGAGGAGGAGGAGGACGAAACCAGCACCCCCUCCACUUUGGACGACAUCAGUCCACAAGUGAAGGAAAACCUCAAAGAAAUCUACAAUAAUCUGUCUUACAUGAAAGACAAAGAAAAAGUAACGAAAGUGCAACUGGCAUUUAUACAUUACUGGCUGUUGCAGAAAGAUUCGCAUUGUCCUACCAAAGCAGACGAUAUCAAGGAACUUAUUAGUGACGGAAUAAAGGCCGGUUUGUGGAAGCAAGGAUGGAAACCUGAUAUUCGUGGAGAAUUCCAGAUUUAUCUUCAAGACAAGGUAAAAAAUAUUGUGAAGAAGGCCAAGAUUGCGAAAGAAAAAGCGAGAUUAAAGAAAGACCUGGAAAGUUGUGAAGAUCUGUUGGAAUUCUGCCACAGUGUACAUUUCGACUGAAAACUGAGAACUUGAAUUCUAUGCUGAAAGCAUCGUAAUAGGACAUCGAUAUACGUGCCCGUUAAAUAAAGGUUUCUUUAAUUAAGGUCGAUUUUGUAACACGAAAUGUCUUUAUUUAAUCAUGAUCAUCUUUAAAUUAAUCAGGAAGGAAACUGAGGAAUAUUAAUGAAAAAUUUAAUAUAGGCUAACAGUGCACUCUUUUAUUAUUUAGAACAUUUGACCUGAACAUAAUGAUAAUCGUCAUGGCAUCAAACGAAAUGAGUUUAUUUGUAUUGCCCGUGUAAUGUUAAAUUGUGAUUUGAAACUUAUUACAUACUUAUGUAACAAAAACGAUGUAUAAACGUUGUAUGUUAAUCAAUGAAACUGACAUGUAUAAAUCCAGAGCGUUAUUAUGUAUUUUUUGUUAACUUUAUGAUUAUCACUCAUCACGUAGAUGAUUUUAGCUGAAAAUAGUUUUUGUUUUAUUUUUAUGCAAAGGGAUAAAGUAAUGUCUUUGCCAUGGACAUAUCAUUGUCAUUUUACAGUUCAGCUCUACACAAAAGCCUAUUCUAAACAUUGUCAUUACAAAUUGUUUAUAAGUGAAAUGGAAAUAAA